AUGAACGCUAACAAGUCGGUGGCGGCGGGGGUGAUUGCCGGCUGUGCCACGCGCACCACGACCUCGCCCCUGGUCGUGGGCAAGAUCUUGUUUCAAGUGAAAAGUCAAGGGGUCGACACACCACGAAAUAAACUCGGCCGGACUCACCACGACCAACUGAUCAUGGUAGGUCGUCGCAUGCUGCUGUUCCGUGGACGCAACUGGCUCAAGCCGCCGACAAAGCUGCAAAAAUCAUUCGCUUCGCCCAUCGGCAUCUCUAAACUCGACAGAGCUAGCACGCCGCAUUCACGCAAAUCUUGCAAGCACUCCCAAUAUUGUGACGCUCGCUAUCAUGAAAACAUCCAACGCUACGUAGGUGAAGGCAGCAGCAGCUACUUUCAUGCACUUCUCGGAUCUGGACUGUGGAAACCCAUCUCCCCCAGCGACACAUAUGCGUACUUCUUGGACUUGGAUCCCCGCCUUCUCCUUGGUCGCGUCCUCGCGUGUCUGCGCACGAGAAAUGUGUCCACGGGGGAAUUCCCGGACGUCGACCGCGACGAAUUGGACGCCAUGUUGGACUAUCUAAAGUUGAACGGCGUUCCAUCGUUUCUAUGGGUUCAAUCCUCCUCUGAUGCAAGGUUUCACGUGGAUGGCUUCCACCAAGGUCGGUUUAUUGCGCGCUCAUGUCAGGCUACCAUCCCCGUCCGACGGGACGUGCAGUAG